AUGUGGCCCGCACUCUGUGCUGGUGAAGGCGGCCUCUGGCCUGGUUUGUCAGAUGUCCGCGCAAAGCUGCGAGCGGUCCUGGUGACCUGCGAUGCCGCGCCAGCAAACCUCAAGUUACUGGGGCACCUUACGUCAGUGGUGGACGCCAAGACCCUGGUGUUGCCUUUCCUUUGUUUGCAACACAGAACUGGCAACGUCAUCGAGCGGGCGACCAAAUUGCUUGGGACCCUGACUGGUUCUUAUGCAGUUGCCAAGACCUUGAGGUCAGGAGCAGUGGUCCGCAAGCUCACUGCCAAUGUGCGAAGCAUCCUGGCCCAAAAGCUUGUGGUGGUGGACCAGGUCUUGAAGUCGAGACUUCAGGCAAUGUCCUCUGUCCUGGUGUCCGACACCUACGGCUCAGUGGAUGUGGUUGCUUGGGCUCGGGAGGCCUACAACUCAAGGCACCCAAUGCAUGUCAUCCUGGACAUGUCAGCGUCCUCCCCAGAAUGCUUUGGGAAACUCUGGCUGGGUGGAGAACACGCCUCUGGCGAUGUCCACAUGUUGCAGAGCCAUUGCAUCACCAUAGUGCUCCCAGCAAGCAGGAAGCCUGCGCCAGCUGAGUCGCUCAACAUCAAGGUACUUGAUUACGUGGAUGGUACUGCUCUCGCCGCCGGCGAUGUGAGGCUGGAAGAUUUUCUGGCAGUGGCUGACAAGGUCAUCGACUACCUCCAGAAAGGGCAUGGAAUUUUGGUCUGCUGCAAGAAUGGGGCGCAUAGGAGUGCGACGCUGACCGUCCUCUUGGUGAUGAGACUCACCGGGUGGGAUGCCAUGAGGGCAUUCAACUAUGUGUCGCAAUUGCCUGGCAUGCACCAGGGAGGGUCCAUCAAGCGAGCACGCUUGACGAGUAAGGGGGUUGCGGAUUUUUUCGUGGUGAGCGACGACCUCAAGACACCAGCAGCCAGGGCUCAGAAGCUGAAGGACCUGUGCUCUGAACUGGAAGCAUUGGACGCCAAGCUUCUGAGCGCUGUGACCUCUGGCCAGACCUGCCCCAAAAAGCCUGAGCCUGAGCCUCACUCUUCUGCAGCGGCACAGCCGGCGACACAGGAACCAGCUGAGGCCGAGCCAAACGAGGCCAUGCCACAGAGGCCGCACGAAGAGGGCAGCGAGGCCACAGAGCCAGCGGCACAGGGACUUAGCGCAGAAGUCAAGGCCGAACCCCAAGACCGCGGCAACGACAUGGACGUUGACUAUGACCCCGACGACAAGGAGGACGAGGCGAAUGAGCCUCCAGCAACUGAGGCCAAACCAGUUGACUUUGCUUCCCUGGCAGCAAAGCAGGAAAGUGAGGUGCGGGAAGAGGUCAUGGACCGUGUUUUGGCUCUCUUGGAGCAACAAAAGGUCCAGCGCCAAGCGAUGAUGGCCCGCCAGGAGGAGGAGCAGCUUCGUGCUAACUGGCAAGACGAAGCGUUCAGGGCGGUGCUUGGAGCAGAUCCUCUCAAGGCUUUGCCUUUGUUGGAUGAAGCGAAUUCAGCCACAAUUCUCCAGAUGGUGGACGGGAAUGGGCUCAACUUGCUCCACAACGCCGUUCGUGUCAUGUGCUGGCCGGUCGUCCAGCGACUGAUCAACCUCAAUCCAGCUGUGGUCGACCAGCUCACCAGUCCACAAGCACGACCAGCGCACUGGAGUGCCCUCAUGGUCCUGGUGGAUACAAAUGCGGUCGGUGACCAGGAAGCAUACGGAGCCAUUUUGACUAUGCUCCUGGAGGCCAUGAGCUUGGCCACCUUGGAGGCAAGGGCAGCCAACGGCAAUACAGCGUUGCAUUUGGCAGCGGGGCAGGGCAAUUUCUGGACAAUGAGGAAGAUCGUGUGGGAGAUAUACCACAAAGCAAGCGGCAACCAAGCGGCCUUUGGCCUGGUGAGUUCUUUGCUCAACUUGCCUGAUCGAAAAGGCGCUGGCUGUGUGGACCUUGCCCUUCGCUGCAACAUGAAUUUGGCCAACUGGCUGCAGAGGCAGUGGAACGCCAAGGCCUUGUU